GAAGUCAGAUCCCUAAAAAUCGAACCCGGACGCGUAAAACUUGAAAACCGACUAUGGCCUUUCACGUAGCUUGUCCAAUUACAUGCCGGAAAAUUUGCUUCUGCUUGUUGGGGUUUCCUCGAAAUCUUCACGGCAAGGAAGUCAAGGAUACGUUCCUCAACGAGAUCCAUUCUCUCGAAGAAUUCUUGCGAGACCCCUGGGAUGCUGGAGUUUCCACGGAAGGUACCGUUCAGAUCCAUGUGCCUAAGCUCGCUGUCUUCGAUACUGGUCCUCGCAUUGCGGCUAGAGAUGUUGUUGGUGGUGUCCGUGAUGAUUCGGCGAUGGAGGUUCCUGCAUCAUCGACUGUGAGACAAGGCAAACGCACGGUGGUGCUGAAGAAGGCAGUUGAGGAUCAUGCUGCAAACUCUGGUUCUGGCGACUUAGCGGUUUCUGUCAAAGAGCUCAAUGGAGAAGAUCAUGAUCAUCACAGUGCAAGUGUUACGUGUCACAUGUGCUAUAUGGUUGAAGCUGGGAGGAGUGAGAGAGCAAAGAUGCUUUCUUGCAAAUGUUGUGGCAAGAAGUAUCAUAGAAACUGCUUGAAGCCUUGGGCUCAACAUAGAGAUUUAUUUAAUUGGAGCUCUUGGGCUUGCCCCUCUUGCCGAACCUGUGAGGCCUGUGGAACUUUAGGGGAUCCAAAGAAAUUGAUGUUCUGCAAAAGAUGUGAUGAUGCAUAUCAUUGUGAUUGCCAACAACCUCGGCACAAGAGUGUUAGUUCUGGACCCUAUUUGUGUCCUAAACACACCAAAUGUUACAGCUGUGGGUCUAAGGUCCCUGGGAACGGCCAAAGCUUACGGUGGUUUUUGGGGCAUACUUGUUGUGAUGCGUGUGGAAGGCUGUUUGUUAAGGGAAAUUACUGUCCUGUAUGUUUGAAGGUUUACAGGGACUCGGAAUCAACACCAAUGGUGUGUUGCGACUUUUGCCAGCGCUGGGUUCAUUGCGCGUGUGAUGGAAUCAGCGAUGAGAAAUAUCUGCAGUUUCAAGUGGAUGGGAAUCUUCAAUACAAGUGUUCUACAUGUCGCGGAGAAUGCUACCAGGUCAAGGAUCUUGAGGAUGCUGUGCAGGAAAUUUGGAAGCGAAAAGAUAUUGAUGAUAAAGAGCUAAUUGCUAGCCUGAGAGCUAGUGCACGAGUUUUUGGGCAAACUGGCGGUGCCCCAACGGUCAAUGAGCCUGGCUCUGUAGAAAGAAAAGUUGCUGAAAAAGUUACCGUCGGUGGUGAUGAAGAGAAGCCACUGAGAGUUCUCAGGAUAAAAAGCAGCAGGCCGCAAGAUUCAGAUACUGAGAAAUUGGGAAAACGCGUUACAGAGCUGAACACUGUGAAGGCGAAAAAAUUGGUGAUAAGUAUAGGCCCUCGAAAGCCGGGGAUUACAAACCCUAUGAGCUGUGAUGUAUCAAAGCUUGCCUCCAAAUCCAAUGGAAAGCAUGAGAAAUUACAAUCAGAAGAAACGGCUUCCCAGGAACAGCACCGGAGCUCGUUGGGAAAGAGGAAGGAAGAAACGAGAGGGUCUCACGGUGAAGUAGCCACUUCAAAGGGGGAAGGUGGAUUUUUAGGGAGACACUCAGAAGGCAGUGGAGAUUUACAUGGUGGCUCACCUGAGAUGCAGAAAGAUUCAAGACGAUUGCUGAAAGUUAAAAUAAAAAAGCAUAAUCCGGAGAGCCAAGACGGUGAAGCCCCUAGCGUUGUCGAUGAAAGAAGUAAGUCUAGUAAAGGACAUAGGUCUAAGAGGAAAAGAGCAUCACCUCCAGCUGAAAAGUCAGCUUUUAAUGAAGAUGAAGAUGUGUCACUGUCACGUGAAGACUGUUUGUUAGACGAAAUGCUUGAUGCUAGUUGGAUUCUGAAGAAGUUGGGGAAAGAUGCAAAAGGAAAAAAGGUUCAAAUACACGAGGCCUCAGAUAAUUCAUGGGAGAAAGGAGUGGUAAGUGAAGUAGGAGGAGGCACAUCGUUGAUGGUGACGCUUGAGAAUGGAAAAGUGAAGACGGUGGAGCUCGGGAAGCAAGGGGUUCGAUUUGUUCCUCAGAAGCAAAAGAGGACGAGGACAUGAGAGGCUAUUUUUUGAGUAUUUUGGAACUCUUCAUGUGAGCUUCUUUAUCAUCUAAUACCAUUCUAGAUUCAUGUAUGUAAAAAUAUACAAUUUGAAACAAGAUUAGCUUUUUUUUUUCCGGCUAAUUAGAUUAGCUUCUUAUUUGCCUGUGAGAAAAAAAAUAUAUACAAAGAAGACGGUAGUGUUUGUAACCUGCUGAGGGAAA